UCUCCUUUAAAUGUGGACGCCAUAUGGCGUGCUUUCGGGCAUGCGCAGUUUGCGCGCCUGCAGAGCCGUGCAGCGGUGCGAUCUGUCACUGGCCGUGUACCUCGUCCGCAGUGUCUGGUCAUGCCCUGUACUGUCUGCAGUCUCUGGUCAUCUGUACUAUGUCCGCAGUCUCUGGUCAUCUCCUGUACUGUCCGCAGUCUCUGGUCAUCUCCUGUACUGUCUGCAGUCUCUGGUCAUCUGUACUAUGUCCGCAGUCUCUGGUCAUCUCCUGUACUGUCCGCAGUCUCUGGUCAUCUCCUGUACUGUCCGCAGUCUCUGGUCAUCUCCUGUACUAUGUCCGCAGUCUCUGGUCAUCUCCUGUACUGUCCGCAGUCUCUGGUCAUCUCCUGUACUGUCUGCAGUCUCUGGUCAUCUCCUGUACUGUCCGCAGUCUCUGGUCAUCUCCUGUACUGUCCGCAGUCUCUGGUCAUCUCCUGUACUGUCCGCAGUCUCUGGUCAUAUCCUGUACUGUCUCCGCAGUCUCUGGUCAUAUCCU